GUAUUUUAAAAAGUAAAGCAGUGGUAUAAUGUCUGUAGACUGUGGUCAGUCCUUUAAGAGCUGAAUGACAUGUUUUCACAGAUGGAGGCCUCCUAUGUUUCCAUGAUUCUAUUUGUGAGUCGGGCCUGGGAUGCUGUGACUGACCCUCUGGUCGGAUAUCUGGUGAGCCGAAGCAAAUGGACGCCCAUCGGCAAGCUCACUCCAUGGCUGGUUCUUUCCACUCCAUUUGGUGUCCUGUCCUAUCUGCUGCUGUGGUUUGAACCACAUGGCUCCAUGUCUCAGCCUCUCAGCGUGCUGUGGUUCCUCACGGCGGCCUGUCUGUUCGAGACCCUCAUGAGUUGCUACAACGUCCCCUACCUCUCACUCAACAUGUUCCUGGGGGGAGAUCAGAGAGACAGAGACUCUGCCACAGCCUACAGAAUGAGUGUGGAGAUGGUGGCCAUGCUGCUGGCUUCCUUAAUUCAGGGUCGAGUUGUGGCUGUGUACAACACAGAAAAGCAGGAGGCUUGUCAGCAGCUGGACCAGGCCCAUGAAACGCCUCAAAGCACAUCUUCACCACAAACUGUGUCACUUCGGGAGACGCAAAAGGCUUUUCUGACCUCAGCUCUGGUCAUGGGUGCUUUGUUUUUCCUCUGCAGCCUGGUUCUCUUCCUUGGGGUGAAGGAGCAGAGGGGCCCUCUCUGCUCUGAUGACAAAGUACAACCGCCCUAUUUGACCUCGCUGAAGAUGCUGAUAUGCCACAUUCCUUACCAACGACUGGUGCUUGGCUUUGUGUUCAGCGCUUUGGCAUUUCAGAUGUCCUGGAGUAACUUUGCACUCUUUUGCAGUCAUGCAGCUGGGCUGGGAGCCCAGUUCCAGUAUCUCCUUCUGGCUCUACUGGCCUCUGCCUCUGUGGCAGUUCCUCUGUGGCAGGCAGUCCUUCUGAGAAUAGGAAAAAAGGCCACAGUUUUCAUCGGACUAUCACUCUUCGUCCCAGCGGUGAUCAUAGUUGCCUGUGUUCCCAGUAACCUGCCAGUCUUUAUGACUACGUGCAUUUUGAUGGGAUUCAGCGUGGCGACUGUGUUCUUGCUACCAUGGUCUAUGCUCCCAGAUGUAGUGGACGACUUUGCCGUGAGACAUCCCUCCUACAAGGACCUGGAGCCUCUGUUUUUCUCCUGUUAUGCCUUCUGCAGUAAGCUGGCAGGAGGCCUGUCUGUUGGAAUCUCAACCAUGAUAUUACAGUUUGUGGGUUACAGAGCAGGUGCUUGUCACCAUGGUGAUGGUGUGGUGACGGCUCUGAUUGUGCUGUUCUCGCCGGUUCCCAUUGCACUUAUACUGAUAGGGAUGGUCUUUUUCUGCUCCUACCCAAUCAAUGAGAGGCAGUGUGUGCAGCUCCAGGAACAACUGCCCGCAGUCCUCCCAGAAGCUGGAUCAUCAUCAGACCCAAGAGAAAACAUGGAGCCAGCAGCUCUGCAGCAGCCCCAUGCUGGUGUGACAGCAACUUCACAUGAUAACACAAAGACCAACACAUUGUACAAGGCAAAUUCCUCACCCUGCUGUUACAGUUAUGAUAAAAAAUGCCCAGUGAAGUCAUCUGCUCUUUCAAAUGUUUCCAAGAGCCCUUCUGCAAAAUACAGCAAACCUGUACCAGUUGUCCAGUCAAAUGUAAAUGCUCGGCAUCAUAUACAGAGACUCAGCCCUCAUCUGCGUUCAGGAGAAAUUAGAUCGGGCAGAGAUUUUCUUCAGAAUGAUCCUGGGUCUUUCUCUGGCAGGUCAAAUAUGAGAUCCAAGGUGUCGUGGGUAUAGUUACAUAGCUUAAAGUGAUACACUAUUUGCUUUGUUACAGAGUUUGAUGAGAAGAUUGACACCUCUCUCCUGUCCAAACGCUAAAUGUGAAACUUUUCCCCAAUCUA